UGUGCAUAAAAACCAUAUUUAUUCGUGGUUUAAUCUUAUCUUAUAGUGCAAAGAUCACAUAACGUAAAAAACGGUAAAUAAUUAUACACAUCUUAUUCAAAAUGAAUCAAUAGAGGAAUUAAAAUACGGUGUAGUAAUUGAUACGUCAAGGUACUUCACAGGACACAGCUCGAGACAAAGAAGAUACUGGAUUUUGAAGAUUAAAUUGAAAAAGUAAAUUCGGAAUUUGCUGCCGGUGAAACAGGGAAAAAUGACUACAGAAGCGAACAUCAGCGAUUCCGAUUUGCUUGACAAAUUAAAUUCAGAAGUUGCGUCAUUGAUGACGCCAGUCGUCGUUUACCUAAGUGUAUUGAUGCUCUUCGGUCUCUUAGGAAAUAUUCUCGUCUGCUAUUACUAUGGACAGCAGACAAGGCGCUCAAGUCAUUCCGUUUUUAUUUGCACUGUUGCGUUAUUCGACUUAGUGAGCUGUGCUGUGUCGAUGCCGAUUGAAAUAGUGGAUAUAAGGUUUUACUAUACAUUCACUAACGGACAUCUUUGCAAGUUCCUGCGUUUUGUUAAUCACGUAGCCGCAAUAGGAAGUGCAUUUACACUUCUUGCGAUAUCUGUUGACCGAUUUAGAAGAAUAUGUCGGCCAUUGAAGAAGCAGCUUGACUUACUGAAAUGCAAGUUACUCUGUGCACUUUCGUUUUUGCUUGGUUUGAUAUAUUCUUGGCCGGCGUUAGUCUUUUAUAAAUCGGUCGAAGUUGAUUUAAACGCGCAAAAUGGCCGAAUUGUGAAAGGGUAUGAUUGUACGACGACAGAUGAAAGUAAUUAUAGAGCCUAUAUCUGGGGUUUCAAUUUCGUCUAUCUUAUAACGUUCAUAUUUGGUACUGGAACCCUUGUUGUGAUGUAUUCGCUCGUCGGCAGGUCCAUAUAUCAACAUAACAGAAAACUUAUACAGACACGACCAAUGUCGCGGAUACGGCGAUCCAAACACGUGCACGCGGAUUUAGAUUCAACUAAAAUUGAUGAAGAAAGCAGCGGAAUUGUUAUCGAUGAGCAGGGUCGUGCAUCGUGUGCUAGAAAGGCAAAUGCUAUGCAACUGCGCGCAAAAUGUAUUGACGCAGAGCAAAAGAAGGCGGUGGAUAUAAAUGGUGAUCAUCAUAAGAAAGACAAACUUAACAACAAAUCUAUAAAGUACACCAUGAUCAUGCUAGUGGUUGCAUCGAUUUUUGUUAUCAGCUUUUUACCAUAUCUUAUUUUAGUCAUAGUUGACGAGUUUAACGACUUAAGAGAUUCUUUACGGGGAAGUUCUCUAGUUGGAUAUGAGAUCGGUGUGCGCUCUUACUUUCUUAAUUCUGCCAUAAACCCAAUGGUUUACGGAUUUCUGAAUCCAAAAUUUAGACAGUUUUAUAGCUGUAAACUAGCUCGAUUAACCAUAUAUUCAUUCACUAGCGAGGCUUUGUCGUCCAGUACCGCGAUAACGAAUGCAUAGGUUCCUGAGAUACUUGUCUUUGAAAAAUAUUCAAUAUUUUGAAGGCCAAUUUAAUAAUGUCAAUGUACGCUCCAUUGACAGUUUUUUUGAUGUUUGGAUGUAUUUUCUUCCUUAUUAGAUAACUAGAUAAAACAUUAAAAAGCGAAUUUAAGUUGUUGCUUUCAUUUUUGAAAACGAAAGCAAAACGUAUUAAAAAAAGUAGAGCAAGACUAUUUUGUCAUGUGCAUAUUGCUAGUUGAGGUAUACUUAGCACUUAUUCUGCAUGCUUUCCUCGUCGGAACUAGCGUUCACUUAAAUAUGCUAUGUUUAUUGGCUGGCCCUGGACGAUAAGGCUAGCAAAAUUUCGUAGUGACAUAUCAUCCGUUUCCGUGUACAAAGCCGCAAGGAGAUUCGACCAAUCAAAUCAAGCCUUUUCAAAACAGUUACGAUGCAGGCGGUGUUCGCUUCAUAUUAGCCGUUAUACGCUUUGCUAGCCGCUCAAAUGCGCGUUGCUUAACAUUCUUCAUACCAAGAGUAUAAAAACGUGAAGAGGAAUUUUAUUAGUCAUUAGUUGGCUUAUUACUAUUUAUGAAAACGGAAUUUUAACGAGGAAAUUUCCCAAUGUUAUAUGAUGUAGUGACAACGGAAUAUAUCUCGAUGGUUUCGGACAAAGACUUGCUUAUGAGCUUGCUUUUAUAACAAAAAAAUAGGUGUAUGCAUUUAGAACAUGAGAGAGGACCCGGGUUCGACCCGCAUUCAGGUCAAUGCCUCUCUAGCUUGAUACAUGGAAAGAUUCUAUAGACACUUUGAUUGCGGGUUUCUGUUCGAUGUAGAUACAUACGGCAUCAUCUCAGACUUUGCCAUCGAUAAGAAAACAAAGAAAGGUAGUUUAGUUCAUUUACAUACAUCACAUUUGCUUACAUAGCGGAAAAGCCUGAACAUUUUUAGUGCAGUAUAUCUUACUUAAAAAAUGUAUUAAUAUAAAUAACUGAAAAAAAACAUACACAUGUUAUUAAAAGGAUACAAAUUUAGAAUGUUAAAGGUUAUAUAAACAUCAUUUUUGUUCUCGAUAUACGUACGGUGUGUUUCGUUGUUUUACAAAUACGACAUCAUUUCAAUAAAUGUCCUGCCUGUUUGAUAAAUGUUAUUUCAACGACAUGGGCUACUUUCAGAAAACUGGAACCAGUAAAUAGAAAAUACAUUCUUUUUUAUCAGUUUUUGUUGAUCGUGAUAGUAUUUGGUAGUUUGGUCUCUAAUAUAACGGGCUCAAGACGCACCAAAUACACCAUCUGUCCAUGAUUCACAAGUUUACGAGUACUAAAAUAUAUACUUUUUGGGGUGUCAGUUACUGCAAAACUGAUCUCAUUUCAUAAUUUGGCAACUCGACACAUUUUCAUGCAAGGCUCUUUUUAUCCGGAUGUUGUAUAUUAAUGUUUGCGCGAACCCAACAUGUUUUGUUCAUAAUUCUUCAUAAAGAAUGUACUUAGCUCUAUUGCUAUCAAACAAAAUGCAUUCAACAACCUUGCCAACUAAAAGCUUUACAUAGGCGUGGGUUUUUGUUUUGAGCCAUUACUUAAAUGCUCGAAAAUAAUGACAUUAUUUAAUUUAAUCAUUUUUAAUUACGUUAUAUAAAUAAUUUGUAUAUUUUUGUAUUGACGCAUAUUGUAUCAAAUAUAUUUUUGUAAACAUAUCCGACUUGUCUGUUGACAUUUACUUUCAUUAAUUAAAAUUCAGUUCACUGUUAAUGAUGGAACUUAAACAUCAUGCAUUCUUGUAAAUUAUUAAGCAAACUAUGAAAUAUGGAUUGUGUAAGGCGUUUGAAUAGGUUUGCAGUAUGUUUGUAGUAAUUCUGAUAAUUUCAGGUUUAUAUAUUUGGUAACUUAUUUCAUCCCAAAUCGGCGAAGACACAUAUUUAUAUUACUAUCUUAAUUAUAUUCACGAUUGCAUGUGUUGUAUGUUGUAUUUUUAUGCUUUAUUAUUAAUAUAAUCAAAAGCAUAUAUAGCCGAAAAAUUGAAAAGUAUUGCUGUAUCAUUUGAUAUUAAAAAGAGAGAAAAAAAAACGAUAGGACUUUCAAUUAACCGCUUUACGCAAACACAUACAUAUAGAAUCAUAAAUGCAACGUAACAAGAGAGACCAUGUAUACAUACGCGCAGAGAGGAAGAAAA